AUGUAUGCGUCGCGUAAUAUCCUUGUCACACUUGCGUCCACCCUUAGACACGCCAAGCACCGCCUUCGCCGCUCCAAGAAUAAUCGUCUGCAUCUUGUUGCACUACUCCUGCACAAAUUCGCCUUCAGUGUCGGCGGUGGCUUCAUCAAGCAGCCACCACCUGAUUUGGCAUUGGCACCGCUCGAUACGAUUGUCUUUGGGCUUCAUAUAAAGACCCAUUACAAGAAGACGGUGCUGCGUAGUGAGACUCGCUCAGGGUAUGACCUUGUAGUUGACCACUUUGCUGAUUUGGUGUCUCCUAAUGAGUAG